UCCUGCUUGCUUCUACUCCUCCGGUUCCUCCCUCACUCCGUUGCCGAUCGAGGAAGAUGAGGGGCGCCUCGCUUCUGCUGCUCGUCGUCCUGUCAGCCGCCGCUGCUUCUUCUCCGCAGCUGGUUGGAGCAGUGAGUAGAGACAAUUCCCUAAGAAUCAUCCAGGAAGACAUCAUAGAGAGGGUCAACAAGCAUCCCAAUGCUGGGUGGACUGCUGGACACAAUCCAUCCUUGGCCAACUAUACUAUUGAGCAAUUUAAGCAUAUCCUGGGAGUGAAGCCUACACCUCCAGGUUUACGAGCUGGUGUUCCAACCAAAACUUAUUCAAAAUCAAAGGAGCUCCCAAAGGAGUUCGAUGCUAGAUCUCAAUGGCCCGGUUGCAGCACAAUUGGGAACAUACUUGAUCAAGGUCACUGUGGUGCCUGUUGGGCUUUUGGUGCUGUAGAGUGUCUGCAAGAUCGUUUCUGCAUUCAUCAAAGCAUAAACAUUUCACUUUCUGUCAAUGACCUAGUGGCUUGCUGUGGGUUUUUGUGUGGCGAUGGUUGUGAUGGAGGAUAUCCUAUCAGUGCAUGGCAAUACUUUGUUGAGAAUGGUGUUGUUACCGACGAGUGUGAUCCAUACUUUGACCAGGUUGGCUGCAAGCAUCCUGGAUGCGAACCUAAUUAUCCUACACCUGCAUGUGAAAAGAAAUGCAAGGUGCAGAACCAAGUUUGGCAGGAAAAGAAACAUUUCAGCAUGGAUGGAUACUUUGUUAAUUCUGAUCCACAUGACAUCAUGGCAGAGGUCUACGAAAAUGGCCCUGUGGAAGUUGCUUUCACAGUUUAUGAGGACUUGGCACACUACAAAACAGGAGUAUACAAGCACAUCACAGGUGGUGUGGUGGGCGGUCAUGCCGUCAAGUUGAUUGGAUGGGGAACCAGUGAUGCUGGCGAGGAUUACUGGCUUCUUGCAAAUCAGUGGAACAGAGGCUGGGGUGAUGAUGGGUACUUCAAGAUCAUAAGGGGCAAGAAUGAAUGUGGCAUUGAACAAGAGGUUGUUGCUGGUAUGCCGUCGACAAAGAACAUCGUAGGAAAUCGUGGCAGCACCAUUGGAACUGCUAUACUCUGAAGUCUGAACAGCGCAUUGGCCUGAGAUGCAGGUGGAAAUUAGCUAUUUGUAUGUCAAAUGAAGCGGGCAAAUUACCAGCUUAGGUGGGAUUUGUGUACUUGGUACUCCGUUGAGUAGCACAUGUUCACAAAUCACAAUGCUUAUACUAUGUUGUUGAAAUCUCAGCACUUGUUCAGAAACAAGAUGCAAUAAUAUCAAUUAAAACUUGCGGCUGCCA